AAAGAAAAAGUAAUGGAUAUGUAGAUGAUAUAAAAUAUUGGGAAUCCUCACUUUACCCGCCAAUUGUCCUUCUCUCUUCCACAUUAUCCAUUAAUCCCCAAUUCCUUCACUCUUCAACCUCCAAUUGCUGCCGCCGAUCAAAUGUGGAGCAAUGGUUAAUCUUCCAAUGGACCAAAUGCAUCACUUUCAAGCCUUACCUGCUCAUAUUCAUGGAGAUAUGUUAGUGCUUCUGUUUCCUUUUAGAAAAUGCUGGCAGCAACAGAAACAAAACCCUUUUCAGAGACCGGCAUUGUCUUCUUCUUCUUCCUCGCCGGUCUCUGGCUGUCAGCCCAGAAGGUAUUAUUUGGGCAGAUUCAAAAGACGCUUCCGUUCUGAACCUAAUCUAAAACCACUAACUUCCCGCAUUGUUGAUCUUACGCGCAGAAGGCAACUCCACCAGAUUUUUGUGGAAAUUGAGAUUGCAAAGAAGCGACAUGGACAGUUGAACACCAUUGUUAUGAAUGCAGUGAUGCAGGCUUGUGUUCAUUGUGCUGAUAUAGAAUCUGCCUUGAGGGUCUUUGAUGAAAUGUCUGGCCCAGAGGGUUGUGGUGUUGAUAAUAUCACUUACGCUACACUUUUAAAGGGUUUGGGUGAUGCCCGAAGAAUUGAUCAAGCAUUUCAAUUACUUGAGGCUGUUGAACAAGGUACUGCUGCUGGAAGUCCAAAACUUUCACCGCCCCUUGUUAGAGGUCUGCUGAAUUCUCUUAUUGAAGCAGGGGAUCUACGCCGUGCUAAUGGUCUUCUUGCACGUUAUGGUUUUGUAUUUCACGAGGGCGGAUAUCCAUCCGUCUUGGUCUACAACUUAUUGAUGAAGGGCUACAUAAACACAGGUUGUCCUGAGGUAGCACUACGUUUGCAUGAUGAAAUACUAAGACAUGGACUGAACCUUGACAAGCUCACAUAUAAUACACUAAUCCUAGCAUGUGUGGAGUCUGGAAAGUUGGAUGUUGCAAUGCAGUUCUUUGAGGGCAUGAAGGACAGAGCACAAACUGCUGCUGAUGAUGACAUUUUACCGGAUGUAGUUACCUACACUACGUUGCUGAAGGGUUUUGGUCAUGCCCAGGAUCUCAUUUCAGUUCAAAAGAUUGUCAUAGAAAUGAAAUUAUCCAACAACUUGCAUAUUGAUCGAGUUGCUUACACUGCAAUCAUUGAUGCCUUCUUAAAUUGUGGGACAAUAAAAGGCGCUCUGACUGUGUAUGGGGAACUACUAAAGAAAGCUGGAGAAGAUUCUAGCUUGAGGCCAAAGCCUCAUCUUUUCCUUGCUCUGAUGCGUGCUUUUGCUGUUAGAGGAGAGUAUGAAAUGGUUAAAAAACUGCAUGGACGCAUGUGGCUAGAUUCAUCCGGAACAAUCACCUCUAAAGUUAAUGAAGAGGCUGAUCAUCUCCUAAUGGAGGCAGCAUUGAGCAAUGGACAGUUGGAUUUGGCCCUACAAUACAUGAAAGGCAAUGUUGAGAAAUGGAAGCAAAUACCAUGGGCUAGUCGGGGUGGAAUGGUUGCUCUGCGAAUUGAAGCAUUACUUGGUUGCAGUGUUUCUAUAUUUAGUCCUUGCAUACUACCACAGGCAAGCACUGUAUUUCUACUUAUGGUAGAGAUGAGCUUUCAGUACUUCUUCUGUUUCAAAUACUCAUCACGAUGGUAUUUGUAAUAUUUGCUUUUCUGCUCCGAGACUGAGUUUGUGUGGAGAAUUAGGUAAGUGCUGUAGAAGCUGAGUUUGUGCCAUAGAUUGCUCUAAAGAUAAUAGAGUUGACCAUGUUCAGUCUGAUCGUAGUGUUUGGAAAAGUGACUGAGAAACUAUGGAAAUAUUUCAUUAACUUGAGAGGUAUCACAUGGACCUUGCGUAGAAAUACUGCAGAAGUCCUAGCAUGUCGGAAUAGAGAUGGAAAUCAGUCUGGACACAAGGAGAGAUGGAAGAUUGUCCCUUCCUGCAUCUGGUGGACAAUAUGGAGGGAGGGAAAUCAGAGAUGUUUGGAGAACAAGAGUAUCGCUUUCCAAAGCAUUAAAAUGAAUUGUUUAGUGACCUUCUACUUUUGGCGUAUUCAUACUAUUCCCAAGGAUCCUGGGGACAUCACCCUAUUCUUAGAUAGUUUAUGUGGGAGAUAAGUGUUUAGAUUCUUUUUGACAACCCCUAUACUUUUGAUGUAAUUACUACAUGAGUUCACUAUUGGUGUACUUCUCUGUUUAUAAUACCAGUUAACUUUCUCAAAAAAUGUAUAUAAACUACUGGUUACUUAUAUUUUACUAUUUUUGCUGUCAA